UUUUAGCUAUGAAUCUAUAGAUGAGAAAUGUGGUCUCUUCUAUUUCUUCUGGCUUUCCUAAGCACUGGUGCCACUUAUGAUUGUGACUGUGAACUGUCUGGGACUAUAGGUGCCCUCUCCACAUGUAACACUGUAAAUAGAGGAUCUCCUUCAUGCAACUGCAGACCAAGCGUCAUAGCACAAACAAAUUGUGAUGCGUGUUAUCCACAGUUCUACAAUCUAUCAUCCAUAAAUGUUUAUGGAUGUCAACGGUGUUCUUGUGACUUAGGAGGAUCUUUGUCACCAGUGUGUGACUACAUGACUGGACAGUGUCGCUGUAGGGAGGGAAUCACUGGCAGGGACUGUGACCGACCCAAUACUGGAACCUACGUUCCCGCUCUCUAUCAUAUCAAGUCUAACUUGGUCAUUGAGGAUUCUAUCAGCGGUCUAAAUAAAAUUGCGUUGUUCCAGCUAGAGUCAGAGGAGGGACCAGCAGAAAUAAAUGGAGUGAUUGAACCUCAUAACAUUGCUGAUGUACCACCCAGAUUUGAACUUCUUUUCAAUGAAUAUCCAGUUCCCAUUUCUUUCGAGGAAAUAGAGGGUGUUAGUCAGAACAUGGCAAGGAGAAGAAAAGCAAAGAAUAUGGGGAAGAAACGUAAACUCAGGUCUGUCCCUGAAAUGGAGCCAAUAAUAAAGGAAAUGUCUCAUCACGUGAUGAAGCGUCAGACACAGGACCAAGUAAUGUUUGCAACAGAGAUUGAGUUUGCUCAUCCCGGAAUAUAUUUCCUUGUGCUAAACUACACAGCUACAGAGAACUCCAGUGUUUCUGUCUUUGUCGGGGAUAUCGCAGUGCCGACCAUGUUGCCAGAGUGUGAGAGGUGCCUCAUUAUGCUUGCAGGCAGUCUCGGUGUUAAGGGUAUCGAUGUGUCACGUUCAGGGAAACAGCUAAUCAAGGUCUCGACCCCUUCAUCUGUCCAAAUACACUACACAAUAGCUCUCCCAAAAGAGUACUACUUCACCUCCUCUCUGAAGCAGGAUGUCUCUCCUCGUUGCUUCCCCGGUCCUUUCACUCAACUGUGUAACAGAUACAGAUACCCGAUAGAGGCCUCGUUCCACUUGGUCGAAGAGGCUGAAGCCUGGUUGAACCCUGUUUUCCAGCCCGCUUACACCAAGCUUGUGGGAGUGAACCUGUUCGGUAGACUCAACAACGUGGAUAGCAAUGGUAACGGAAAAGCUACCAACAAGAUGCGAGUUGACCUGCAGCUUCAGCCGGGGGUUUACUACUAUCUUAUUGUAAAGUAUUACAAACCUAACCAUUACAUCAACUAUGACGACUCUUUUACUGGUGCCCUCACGCUAGGAGACGAAACAGGAGAGAUAGAGUUUAUCCCAUGUCCAUGGGAGGAGGGAUGCAGAGCUGUAGCUACCAAUAAGAACAAGAAACUAAAGCUUUUCUACAGUGUUGUUGAUCCCACUGCUACUCUUACUUUGAAGUUGGAGGAAGAUUCUAUGGUCUUUAUCGAUUCCAUCAUGCUGAUCCGAGAGGAGGACUGGAACCUGGACCUGGUACAAGCUCAGUUCUACUGUAUCCAGGGGCCUGACAACGAGUGCCUCAAGUCUGACUUCAUUGAUCUCCGAGAUUACGUGAUGUACGAAAGUGAGAGUGCUAUUGAUGCUGUGAAGAUUGAACUUCAAGAAACUUUCUAUCAUGGCACUGGUGUCAUGCUCCUCGACCAAAGCUCGCCAUCCCUGUCCGUGAUAAUCCUGGAGAACACGAUAACACGUACGGAACCUGAACAGUACGUGGUUAUUGUCCACUACUUCAAGUACACUUCCGAUGUUGCACGUGGAUUUGUAAAUAUUCAGGAUGAGAACAAUAGUGGAGGAGACGUGUUGUACAAGUUCUGUCCCAGUGCUAGCGGGUGUAGAGUGGCUGCCACCAUCUCAGGGAGGAUUGAAAGCGGAGUGGUGUCACACAACCCUUCCUGGACUGGGUAUUGGACACCACUUCCUGUGUCGGGAGGCAACACUAUCAUUAUUGUUACUCUGUCUCUAACUCACGCUGAAAGCGUAUUUGUGGACUACCUGUCGCUGGUGCCACUAAAGGACUUUACAGCUGACAUGCUGCACCCACUACCACUAGAUCACGGCCCUCUCUUCACUCAGUACUGCGCUUAUCAUUACCUCUACAUGAAUCCAGAGCCGCAGUUGGAAGCAUACUGCAAGAAGAUAUCAUUCUCCAUGACAACCAUGUACAAUAACGGAACUCUUGAGUGUGACUGUUCUGGAGCUGGCUCCCUCUCGGACACAUGUGACCAGAUAACCGGACAGUGCCAGUGUAAACCCGGAUUUGCAGGCAGAAUCUGUGACCAGUGUGCUGCCUCGCACUACGGAUAUCCCGCCUGUACCAGUUGUGAUUGUGACCCAGAGAAUUCGUACAGUGACACUUGCGACCAGGAGACGGGUCAGUGUGAAUGUGAACACAACUUCAAGGGUCUGACUUGUACGGAGUGCGCAGAUAGUUACUAUGGUUACCUGAAUGACAGGCUGACGUGUGAUAUUCCCUGCGAGUGUGAUGUACAAGGAUCUACCCAACUUGGCUGCCACCACGAAACUGGACUGUGCAGUUGUAACGAAAGAGCAACAGGAGAUAAGUGUGACUCGUGCCCACCUGGUCACUACAGGUUCCCAGCCUGUUACUCUUGUGACUGCAGUGACACAGGCUCCCUCGGCUCUGAGUGUGAUGUUACUGGUACCUGUGACUGCAAGGAAGGGUACUCUGGAGCGAGGUGCGAAGAGUGUGCUGAAACCCAUCACUACAACGGUACAGACUGUGUUCCUUGUCAUUGUUCUGGAGUCGAUGCUAUCUGUUCUGAAGUCAAGUUCUACCCUCACCAGGAACUGGAAGAUUUCACUCAUGGAGUCUCUGAUUACAGUCUGGUGGACUCCACUGGUGCUCAGUCUCCAGCUGGGAGACUAACCACUAUCCAGUAUGAAGGUGACUCCCACGUCCUCAUGGUGGAUCUAACCCAUGGUGAUGAGUACACCUACCUCGUGCUACCCAGCCGGUUUGUUGGAGACAAGAGAUCUAGUGAGAAUCAGUUGUUUAGUUACGAUGUGGAUCUGACUGUGGGUGGGAAUGCGGAGAUCGUUUCGGAGACAUUCUUCAAGGGACAAAACAAUAUGACUAUAAGUUACAGAUACGCAGUGAACCACACCUCUAACAAGCCUAAAAGAGUGAAAGUGGAAGUUCCCCUGAACCUGGACAUUCCUCUACACUCCACCUCCCAGUGGCGAUUAGAGGGAGAAGACACUCAACCCUCCAACGAAGAGAUUCAGAACAUACUGAGGAAUCUAACUGAGAUUAGGAUUAACACCAAGAUGUUCGAUAGACAACUCGUCGCGAUGAUAGAUAACAUAGAGCUUGGCUACCUCUCCGCCACCCCAACCUCAGCAGAGCCCCACUACUACCCCGUAUGUGAGUGUGGAAGAGGUUACACGGGUGAACAGUGUGAACAGUGUGCUACUGGCUUCUCUCGCUCACCUGAGACAGGGUUAUGUGAUAGACCGUGUCAGUGUAAUGGGAAUAGUGAGCUUUGUGAUGAGCAGGGCAUAUGUUUGGACUGUGAAAAUAACAGUACUGGAGACCAGUGCGAAGUGUGUGUGGCUGGCUACUACUACAGCUCGGUUACUGAACAGUGUGAACCUUGUGCUUGCUCUGGAAAUGGACAAACCUCUAGCUCUCAGUCCUGUGAGGAGGUUGAAGGUGAGAAAGUCUGUUCGAUCUGUGAGGUGGGGUACACUGGAAUAUCCUGCGAACAGUGUGAUAACGGUUACCAUGGUGACCCUGAAUCUAAUACUGGGUGUACACAAUGCCCUUGCAAUGAUAAUCUCAAUCUAACACAGUCAGACGCUUGUGAUUCCGAUACCGGCAGGUGUAACAUUUGCAAAGACUCUACUGACGGUCGGUUUUGUGAAGAAUGCGCGGAUAAUUACUAUGGUGAUGCAAGAAAUAAUGGAACGUGCACGCCGUGCGAGUGUUUUAUGGAGGGUUCAUUAUCAGAGCAGUGUGAUCAGAGUGGGAGUUGUAGGUGCAAAGGAGGGAUCGGGGGAGACAAGUGUGAUCAAUGUAACGCGGGAAGAUACGUAUCUCGAGGGAAAUGUAGACCAUGUGGUUGUUUUGUGCUGAGCAGCACGUCCCAAGAGUGUGAUACGAGGACAGGACAGUGUGAUUGUGUGACUGGGUACGGAGGUAGAACGUGUGAGGAGUGUGAUGUUGGUUACUACGAACGCUUCGGAAAUUGCUUGGAAUGUGGAUGCUCGGAGACAGGCUCAGAAGGACCAGCCUGCGAUGAAGAUGGAAUGUGCACGUGCAAAGAUGGUUACUAUGGUGACAAGUGUAUGGAAUGUUCAGAGGCACACGUGGUUAACGAGGACGGCUCUUGUAGCGUGUGUGGAGAUUGUCCGUUAAAGCUGCUAGAAAGAUUAAUCGAUGUGAACAACACACUGGAUGCAGGCAAAACAAGUGCCCUGAUGUCGGACUUUGCCCAAAAAAUGGACAGUAUAAAGGACAGGGCAAAAGACGUCGAGGACGCAAUACCUGUUCCCGAAAACUUGGAAGAUCUGCUUGCAGAGCUAGACGCAGCCCAGAAGGCUGAAAAAGAUAAUGAAAAAAGAGCAGACGCGCUGACUCCUCGAAGUCAAGAAGCGUACGCUGAUGCUGGUGAUACGAAGAGAGCCACACGUGAUGUUCCUGAUGAGAUGGGAGCUUUGGAGGAUGAACUCAAGGAUCUGAUAGACAACUUGGACAACUUCAACGUCAGCCCGGACGUGGUAGAUAGCGGGCAAGCAAUCGCUGAAGCGGAGGAGGCGAUACAGGAGAUAGAAAAAUGGGAUCCAGAACCGAAACAUAAAGAGGCUGAGAAUGCUAAGGAUAAGGCUAAAACGAUCAAUGAUGAAGUCACCGUUGCGGUUCCGGCUAACCUGACAAUACCUACUCUGGAUCCUCUACCUGAAAGAGUAGAAUUUAUCGAAGAUGAAAUUGAGGACGUUGUCUUAGACUUGGCUAAUCAAACUCAAGCUGUGGAUUUGAUCGAACUGAAAGUCGGGGGAAUUGAGAUGCUGGAGAAAGCUGCAAAGGAUAUCGAGGACGACGUGGAAGAGUUAAUAGCAAACUCGACCGCUGAAGUUCCUGUCAUAGAGGAAAAUAACAACGCUACAGAGCAAGGACUGGAUGAGAUUGAGAUGCUUGAUUUGGUACCACUUCAGGAACUAGUCGAAGGCCAACAAGAAGCUCUAACAGAGUUAACACCGCUUGUGAAACCGAAAGAAUUCAACUGUUCCGGUCUCCAGGAUAUCAGGAAUGUUUCCUCUGACGACCCUGGGCCUGCACUUGUCAAAGAGAUGGUUCAAACUGAGAAAGAUUUGGAGGAGCUAAGGAGGAGAGUUGCCGCUGCAGAAGAAGCUGCUGCAAAUGCAACCGAAAAGGUUGAUGAAUUUGGAUCAGGAGUGCAGGAUAAAGAGCUCGCACUUAGUGACCUGGAUAUCAGGAAGGCAGAUGUUGAACCAAAGUUAAACGAUAUAAUAUCGGGGGAGCCGGUACAACGUGAUGCAAUAGGUGAUCUAGACGCAGCAAACGAGGCGGACAAAGAGAGGCUUCAAGGUGUUAUCUUCCCUCAGAUACCAGGUUGGGAUGUUGAGGAACCUCCCGAGCCCAAUACGGACAUGGUCAACCCUGACCCUCUGCAAACCAGAAUAGACGACAUUGAGAAACCACCGGAGCUGUAUGGAGUGAGCGAUGAGCUCCCAGGACUUAUAAACGAUACGGAAACAGCUGACGGUCAGAAGAGGAUUGUAAUAGAGAAGAGUAGAGAAAUAGACUACAAGUUAAGAUCCCUGUGGGAUAAGAUAGAGAAAGCGAAGCGCAGUGUUGAAACCAUCCUCAUUCCCAUGCGCUUUACCGGUGAGGAGUCCUACGCUAGAUACAGCGCCACUUUGGAACGCACUGCGUAUCUGUCUGUUAAAGCUACUAUUAAACCUGAAGAGGACGAUGCCAGUGGUGGGAUUGUGUAUAUUGGACCUCCUGAUAAUAACGCUAGACGCAAGCGACAGGCUAUUGGGGCUGAUUACAUAGAGAUGGGACUAUUUAAUGGAAACGUUGUGUGUAACAUGAAUAUAGAUAACAGUGAAACAUACUUAAUUCAAGAUAACUUGAUCGUCCCUAAAGAUUCUUGGACCAAAGUUCAUCUACAAAGGAUCGGAGGGUACAUACAACUGUCAGUGAACGAUACGAUCAUCUCGAAUGAGGAACCAUCCACAACGUCUUCCUUCAACGCAGUAAAUAUUGAAGUUGGAAAAUCAAACCAGGGAUCUUUGAAAGGAAGCAUAACUGAUGUGAUGAUCAACGGAGAGAGGAUCUCUCAGUGGCUGACAGAAGAUAAAAUGGGUGUUAAUAAGAGUGUUUGGGCUGACCGAAUGAUAUCGGACGAUAAAGAUAUCUACUAUUUCAACGGAGACAACUCGUAUCUAGCGUUCCAAACUAUGCGUGGACAGAACCCAUAUCUUAGAACCACCUCUCUAAACGUCAAAACCGCAUCUGAGGAAGGUCUCAUCAUGUUCUAUGCUGAGGGCUCCGAAUAUGAAGGAAAUCAGGAAGUGUUUGCGAUGGAUCUGUUUGAGGGUAGCAUGAGAUUACAUUAUACCAACGCUGAUGGUGGUUUAGAUUCUGUCGCAGUUACCCCUGACGGCGAUGAUAACUUUGCUGAUAUGUUAUCGAGGGAACUGUCCGCUUACGUACAGAGAAGAAAUCCGGGUACCGGCUUCGCUCAGAUGCAGGUUAAAUCUCCGCAGGGUACUUCGAGGGAAAAGGUGGAGGCUUCUUUGAAGUUUGAGAGACAUCGCUCGCCUUCCAAGACGUACUUUGGGAUGGUUCCAAACAAAGUCAUGAGCCGAUUCCCAAGCGUAUUUGAGGAAGGUGGUAUCACCCAAGUUCCCUUCACGGGGUGCAUGAGCCCCAAGAGAAUCAACAACGUGGUCCUGAGACAGAGCAACGUGGCCACGGCUAGGAACGUUAAGAACGGCUGCCCUGACAAGAUGGUAAGAAGUCUGAGUUUGAAGAACGAGGGAGCAGUUAAACUAUCCCACGCCGCAAUGGGCCCCAUAUCCUUCGUCAUGGCAACAGUUGCCAGGUCUGGGAAUAUCCUCUACAUAGGAAACAGCGAGAGCGAUUAUCUGUUAGUAUCGGUUGAGGAGGGAAAACUUGCCAUAAAGCUGGUUCUAAGCGGUACACCCUUCAUCCUGAAAAGCAACGCUAUGAUCGAUACCGGCUCAAAACGAUUUAUAAGGAUUCUCAUAUCUACUGACAGUGUAUCUCUGUUUGUGGACGAUACCAAAGAAGCCGGUUCGAUAUUAGGAGAAUCCCAGGUGUUCGAGGUGGAUUCCGGUAAGGCAUUGUAUUUGGGUCUCUUGCCUGCGGAGCUGGGUAUACGGGGAUAUGGCUACACUGGCUGUAUCAGCGACCUCGUUAUCAAGGACAAGAUCUUCAAUUUCGCCUACGAUGCUGUUGCGAAGACGAAUGUUAUAUUUGAUCGGUGCCGAACAAUAAAAAGCCUGGCAGCAGACGGACCCACGGACAUGCCCGUCACAGCCGGAGCCUCUACCAUGACCCCUGAGUUCGAGAUAGCCAACCUGGAGUCGUUGAAGUGCGUCAGUUACCAGACUAACACAGCUCCUGAUAGUUUCCUGGUAUCUUCAGAGGGUGGCGUCAUGAACUUCCUCAAGAUUGACAACAUCAGGAGCAACUCUAUCUACAUCAGGUUCGUGCUGGAAUUCUCCGUGUCAACAGUUUCCAGCUCUGGUGUCCUGUUCUUCGCCCGCAGUGCUAACGGAAAGGAAAUCAUUCUCAAGUUCAACGACGAAAAGGUAACUCUGUCUAUCACUAUGGGAGGUAAACCUAUGGAGUUGACAUGGGAGGGCAGCAUCAACGAUGGGGUUCCACAUAGGGUUAAAUUUUCCAGAAUAGCUUACAACGUUGAGUUGAUAGUGGACAAAUCUAAGGACAGCGGCGUGAUGGAACGGUCAGGCAGGACCUCGCACGGGUUUGCUCUGGUGAGUGAAGACGAGCUAGACUCGUGCAGUAACGGUAUCUGCAUCGGAGGAGCACCUCCCUCAGUAAACCAGGACGAGAGUCUCGGGUUCAACAUGGAGUUUGUGGGAUGUAUCAGUGGUAUUAUGCUAGACAGGACUACCUACGACAGUUCCACCAUCACGACUGUGGGGAAUGUACCGCAGUGUACGGAGGGAGGGGCCAUGUCCUCAGCUCACUUCUUUAACGGCGACUCUUCCCUCAUUCCUGAUGUGGAUAUAUCUACUGAUACGAUGCUGUUGCUGACCUUCAAAUCAAGUCGCCAAACUGGCACCCUGAUGACACUGCUGGACUCACAGGAUAGCGUGGUACUCCAAAUCUCUCUUGACAACUACAGGAUGCUGAUAAGUGCUGGUGGUGGGGAGCCGGAGGAACUGUUCCCGGUGGAGGGUGCUACUUCGUUCUACUUCUGUGAUGGAGCCCCACAUCACCUUACUGUGAUGCUUAACUCGGGCUCUGCUUCUGUGACGGUGGAUGACAAUGAAAGUGAAGUAACGGUGAAGUUGACAAGCGAUCCAGUCUCUCUUCGACUUGGAGAUCAAUUCCUGGGAUGUUUAGAAGAUCCUAUCCUAAACGGGAUCCCAGUCUCCCUCACGAACCCUCGAGUAAAUUCCGGGGUGCGACUCGAGUCUUGCCCCAAUGUUACAUUCUAGGAUGAUCACGAAAGGCGUACAAUGAAUACGGACAAUGAAUACGAACAAUGAAUAUGGACAACAAAUAUGGACAACGAAUAUGAACAAUAGAAAUUGCAAUCUAUAGGUUAAGUUUUAACGGAAAAGAAACGUUAUUACUGUAGUGAAAGUUUAAUUUUUUGUGAGUUUGUAAAUCUUUUCAACAGACUAUGUAUCGUUGUUGACUGUACACAAGCAUUUGUACUUAGUGGAUGUUUUUUACUUUUAGGUUUAACAUUAUGUCUACUUUUGUUUACACAAUUUCAGGACAUAUUUGUUUUUGAGAUAAUUAUUUUUAUACCCGGAAUGAACAUACUAAUUUAUUGAUUUUUAUGCA